AUAUUAAGAAAACAGAGAGAGAGGGGGAGAGCGAGCGAGAGAGAGAGAGAGCAGUUCACGCUUUGGUGCUUCCCUGCUUCAUUCAGUCUUCUUCUUCUUCUUCUUGUGUCAAAGAUGCCGGUUGUUAUUGGAGGACGAUCACUUUGGAUUUACACUCUAAUGUUCACUUUUCUACAAGUCUGGGGAAGACUUUCUACCUCCACUUCCUCUCCCAUUCUUCCGGCACCCACGCUGGACAUCUAUUUGAGGUCAAAGGACGCAGUGGUCCUGGUCUGUGAGGUCCCACGGGGCCAGCGUGGGGUUCUGUUCAUGUUAUACAGGUUGAGAGAGGAGGUGGGAUCUCAGGAGCUGCCGUCCGGCGCUGAGGAGGUUCAGUUCACCGUCCGGGUAAAGGAAGAGGCUUUGGGUGAAUUUUUCUGCUGUCUGUACAAGGACCGCGGAGGCCGCUACAGCGCUUUCAGUCCCUAUUUGCAGCUGGAGCAUCAAAACGAAGCUGACCCCACCCGCUCCAUGCCCUCUCCCCCUCCUCCAGUCUUGUCGGUGGAGCCGUCCACUGGCGUGGUGAAAUGUGGGGAAACGCUAUCCUUCAGCUGCACCGUCCCUGCUCUCCCACCUCCGUCCCAGUCCCGGUCACGCUACCCCAACAGACCAGUGACCUUCCUUCUGCUGAUGACCGCAGAGCCAACAGGGCCAACGUCUGUCCUCCUCCAGGCCCAGGCCAGUCUGGUGUCAAGCCCCGGACCUCAGUCAGGAGUUUUCACUGUGGGGCCGGUGAGGGGAGGGGAGGGCGGACGGUACACCUGCAUCUACCAGAUCACCAAAAAAAGGCAGCUGGUUAAUUCGACUGUUAGCAACGUGAUUCAAGUCACCGUCGCAGACAUGCUUCCACGGCCCACUCUUGUCCUCCACCAGCAGACGGACGUUUGGCACUUGCUCUGCACAGGGUCUCCUGCGUACCCCGGUGCCUUGUUCUCCCUCUACCUGGCAGAUACUGAACUUCCCGUCGCCUCGCACCAAGCCAAAGUGACCCACCACCAGGCCACUUUCCCAGUGCCUGUCCAAGACGCGCCAGUGGUUUUGUACCAAUGCCAGUACAGUGUCCUUCUGGGAAAGACAUGGAGCAGUUCCGAGCGCAGCCAACCUCUGGCUGUAACCGGAGGAGUUCCCCCUCCACCAUCAGCAGUGUUGUCAGGUGUGGACUGGCCUCUUGUACUGGGCUCUUCCUCCGCUGUGGUACUAUUCCUCUGCUCUGUGGCACUCGUGGUUGUGGUGGCACACAGGAAAGUAAAAGUGGCAGCUGAGAGAAAGAAGACAAGAGAGGAAGCACAGUUCUGGACUCAAGUCCAUUCUAAGGAUCAUGUUGUCGACCUUACACUCAGGCGUUCAAGCUUCACCCCUCAGGAAUGGACCAAUGGGGACGAUGAGACAGCUUCCAGAUCUAAAUUAUGGAACUCUCACUCCACGUUCACAACCCCGAUCCAUUAGAACUGUUUGUUCUCUCUCCCUCUGUCUCUCUCUCUCUCUCUCUCUGUGUGUGUGUGUGUGUUUUUUAUACUUAAUCUUAGCAAAUCAGGGUCACAUCAGUUGGAGUUACACAGCAGGACAGGAAGAGCUGUUUCCCAAGUUCCUGUUUCAUGUGUACUAGAAAAAAUGGAACAAUUUGACAGGAUAUGACGUUUGUUUGAUCUUACUUGUGAAUUUAAAUACAUAUUAUUCUUAUUAC